AUGACGAAGCGCACGAAGAAGGUCGGAAUCACCGGUAAAUACGGUACUCGUUACGGUGCCUCGCUCCGAAAGCAGGUCAAGAAGAUUGAAAUCUCACAACACGCCCGCUACACUUGCUCCUUCUGCGGAAAGGUCUCUGUCAAGCGACAGGCCGUCGGCAUCUGGGACUGCAAAUCAUGCGGAAAGACUAUCGCUGGCGGUGCAUACAUGCUCUCGUACGAAAAAGAGUCCGUCACUUGCGGUGAAGAUAUGACAUUGUGCCUGCGACGACUGAAGGGAAAGAAGCGCAUCGCUUGCGGUGGGAAAGCCAUGAGCCUUCCGCAGUACUGGUAUCAGGCGUCGUCGCCGGCGGACAAGUCAUGGAUUACCUGUGGUGUCCCAAUUACGGACGGACGUAUUAUCUUGUGGAACCACGACCACCAUAUUGUGACGUCUAUGGAUGCCCAACUUGAUGACGAAACCAUUGCCCAUCUCUUGCCCUGCAAACACGAUCUACACAAUGCUUGUCUCAAACCUUGGGUUGAACGUGCCAACAGCUGUCCAAUCUGUCGCUCAAUUUUCAAUGAAGUACAGCUUAGUGAAGCUGUUGGAGGUCCAGUCUUUGACAGCUAUGCUGUCCAAAACAAAGUGCAAGAAGCAGAUGUUGACCCUAACAUGAUUGUCGAAGAUGAAUUAUUUGCUGUGGAGGCUUGGGAGCCCUGCCUCGUGUGUGGAGCGCUCAAUGAUGGCAAUGGCGCCAUGUGGUGCGACGGCUGUAAUCGCUCCGUUCACGUCUUCUGUGCUGGAUUCGACGAUGCGCCUGACGUUUGGUAUUGCGAGACUUGCCUAGUCGACCUCGAGAGAGACACCGAUCUACCCGGUAUGGCCUCCGCAUUGCGACGACAACCACGAAGACGUGCGCAUGGUCCAGCCAGUCGACGGCGGCGCACCAACGAUGCUACAUGGGCGCGUGUAUGGCAGGAAGUCUCGCGGCGCAUCGACCUUGACCUCGACUUCCCAUUCGACGAGGAGGUCACCGAUCAACGUACAGACGAACAACGUCGCGAAUUUCAACGCUGGCAACGCCGGUUCGAGGUCGCGAAUCGCCAUAGUGCGGGGGACCGACUCAGGGACAUUGCGCGGUUCAAUCCAGCGCCACAACCGGCGCCUGGCUCUCAAGAAGAGCUGCGCGCAUGGAACGCGUUCGACAAGGCUAGGGAAUCACAAGACGCACCGAUUGCUGUCCGACGUCGCAAGCGAGCAGCACCGGAUUCACCGGCUUCUCCCCAGGAAAACGUACAAGCUGAGAGACCUGUACUGAAGCGGCCGCGUCUUCGGCGGCCCUUGGUCGAAACCGAUCAGCCUGAGUCUUCAGCUACAGCAGCGCGGAGGAACGGUGAUGAACCUACAUUCUUGUCGUCCUUACUUCGAGAAGUGGAAAGCAAACCGAUCACUGCUAACUCCCCAUCAGCCUCAGAGCAGAUCCAGGGCCCUUUUUCACCUCAGAACUCCUCACCAAUGCGAUCGCCAGCCUCUUCUGAACCGGGGACGCCUAGAGCCGGUACCCCGCCGCCCCAGCGACCGUCAUCGCCGCCUUUGUCAUCCACCAUCUUACCUUUGCCAUCACCGACAAGUGUGACCUUCUCACCAUUUUCGCCCGUGGGCGAGGACGAGGGCGAUGCGGGCCACGAAAGCAGUCCCAGGAGAGCCCAAGAAACUUCCCCACGUGGCCGUGGCUCAUCAACCUCGCCCUCUCGCACAUUGUCAUAUUCAGCCAAACAGGAAGUGCAGCGCAUGGUUAAACUCGCGCUAGGAUCAAGAUAUCGGGACAAAGAAAUCACCAAAGACGAAUAUACCGAUAUCAACAAAGAUGUGUCACGCAAGCUGUACGGGCUUGUGAUUGACGCGUCGGCGCUUGCAGAUCAGCGAGAACGAGAGAAGUGGCAGGCUGUCGCUGAUGACGAGGUAGUCAAGGCGAUCGCAUUGUUAUCGACAGGCAAGGCGUGCAGUAGUGAAUCGGAUGCCUAG